AUGUGUUUCAUGAGUGCUUCGCUCAUUGCCUCGCCAAGCGCUGCCUCGGUGCCUGGUGGUGGUGGCGCUGGGCAUGCGGCGUUGGUGCCCGGUGCUGUGCACAGCGCUCUGCUCGCGCCCAGUGUAUUGCCGAGCGCUGCGCCGGUGCCGAGAGCCCGCGUCAUCAUCCCGGCUGACGUUCGCAUUCCCGUUCCCGCCGAGGCCGUUGCCGGCGGCCGCGUGUCCUUCCACUAUGAGCAGCUCAUCUACACCGCCGCGCUGCCGAGACUCGCCGCCGGUGGCUCCUGCCUGCUCCGCCUGACAGUUGCGCACUGGCGAGAGGCCAGCGCAGCAGCGGCCAGGCGCCGGCGCGAGGAGGCCGCCCGGCAGCGUGCGCAGGCGCAGGCGCAGCGCAAGGAGGCGCGCGUGCAGAGGGAGGUCCGAGCCGCGGUGGAGUCGCUCGUUUCGGCGGUCGAGGGCGACGAGAGGGAGGUGCGUGGCGUCGUGCAGGGCCUGCUACUCGUGCGGCCACCACUGCUCAUUGACAGUCAGCAGCUACUCGUGCGGCCACCACUGCUGAUUGUCAGUCAUCAGCUACUCGUGCAGCCACCACUGCUCAAGUCAAUAGCUAAUCGUGAGUCGUUGAUCGCCGCUGUGGUGCUUUCGCUCAAGGCGGAGGAGCGGCGCCGGCGCGCUGCAGAGAGGCAGGAGGCGCAGCGGGCGCGCGAGGUUGGCGUGGUGCUGGUGAGGGAGGUCGAGGCGGGCGGCGACGCGGUCGAGCGAGAGGUUGCGAGGACGCUCGAUCGGGUGGUCGGGCGGGUGCUCCGGCUCUGCGACCCGCGCUACGCCGGCCUCGACUCUCCCGAGUACGCCCACGCGCAGCUGGCGCUGGAGCGGUACCUGGUUGGGCUCGGCGCUGCGGCCGGCUUUGGCUUGGUUGGCGGCUGGUCGAUCCGCGUGGACGUGCGGCAGACGGGCGGCUCUGCGGGCGAGACAGACCUCUACUUCUUCGACGAGCGAGGGAAGAAGUUCCGCUCGCGCCUCGAGGUGGCGCGUCACUUUGGCCUCGCCGCCGAGAAGCGCAAGCGGCGGGGCUCUGCCGAAGGCGACGUCUUCCCCUUCCCGGCGGGGGUGCAGGGCGGCGGCGGCGAGGCGCUCGUGCGGCGGAAGAAGAAGAAGAGGCGGUGCGGCGAGUGCGCGGCGUGCGCGGCGCCAAACUGCGGCGCAGAGCGCUGGCUGUGCCACAUGAACCCCGACGCCACGCACGCGGCCUGCGGCGUCCCAGAGCAGGCGUGGGGCGGCGGCCGCGCGGUCCGCACGCCGAUGCCCAUUCGCGCCAGCGAGGCGAACGGCCAGGCCAGGCGCCGGCCUCGAAAGCGCAGGCGGCCGCAGGUCUCACCGCGCCGAGUGGCGGCGCCCCCGCCGCAGCUCGCUUCGCGGGCGGGCGUACCGCAGACGCUCGCCCGCCGCCCGCGGAAGCAGCGACCCCGACCCACGACACGGCCGCCGACGCCGCGCCCGGCGGCAAAGGUGGCGAGGGCGGCGCAGGCCGCCACGGCGGCGGCGGUGCCGACGCCACGCGCGCCGCUUGCCUCCACGGCCACCUCGGGCGCCAACCGCGUCGCCGGAGCUGGCGGGUUUGUGGCGGAGGACCACCCGGCCGCGGGAUGCGACGAGGCCGUCGCCGCGCAGGCCGCGUCGCUGCUGCGCCGCCGCUUCCCCUCUUGCGUCGAGCUGAUUGGCAAGCUGCUCGACUGUCGGCAGCCGCUGCCGCAGAUCCAGUGCCACGCGGCAGGCCGACUGCUGCCCGCGCCGCCGCACCGGCUGCUCGUGGUGCGCGAGGGCGGGCGCGUCGUCGCGGCGGCGCUGCUGCUGCACGUGGCCCCGCGCCGGCGGCAGUCCGACGACACGCGCUUCUCGCAGACGACGCUGUUUGCGGUGGACGAGUCGGAGGAGCGCCGCCGCAUCGGCCGCCUGCGCCACUCUCUCGUCGCGUAUAGCAAGCUCUGCUGCGCCCGCGCGCAGUCGCGCCGCCUGCUCAUCAUGAGCUCCGGCAACCGCUUCUGGAGGAACCCGCGCUUUGGGCUCGGCGACAUCUCUGCCGCCGACCCGAUGGUCGGUCGGCGGUUUGAUCCGUGGACGCAGCCUUGCGCCUACCUUGGCUUCGAUCUCGGAGGCGCUGCCGGCAGCAGCACCGACGCCGACGCGUACCUCCGCCCGUGCCGUCGCUCUUUGUCAGAGGUCCGCGCGCGGACGGCAAAGCGCGCAUGAACUGCAUGUUGUUUGAAUGUCGUUCCCCGGUGCUUGUGCGCGGGGCACCCUCUCUUCUCUCUCUACGUGAGCCGUGUACGUUCGGUGGUACGUUGUCUAGUGCGGCCUUUUUGUCACUGGCGCGGACAGCUG